AUGUGCGAACAAACGAAACGCUAUUUUUCUCCGCGACUUGUUGAUUAUGUAAUUAUAGUUGGUUGCCGUCACCCAAAUGAAUAUAACCAUGUUACACAAACGCCUGAGCUACUACGUCGUUAUCCAUUAGAAGACCAUAAGGAUUUUGCAUUACCGCCUGACGUUAUAUUCUUUUGUCAACCUGAAGGUUGUAUUAAUACUGGUCAUCAACGAACAGGUUUUCAACAGCUAACAUCAUUUGUAUUUACAUUAACCGAAAAAGAUUCAAAUCGACAACGUUUUGGUAUAUGUGUAAAUUUUUACCGACACUUUCCUCGACGAUCAUGUUCAAUACAUAGUCAUAAUCAACAAAAAACUGAUGGUAAUGAUUCAUCUGAUGAUAAUGCUGGUACAACUAGUCAUUUACCGACAACAAAUGAACAGACGGGAGGAGAUGGAACUGAUAAUAAUGAACGUAAACGUAAAAGACGUUUGAGAAAUAAUACAUUAACAUCUAUUUGCCUUAUAAGUCAUCAUCCAUUUUUUACACGUUUUCGUGAAUGCCUUAUUACAUUAAAAACUAUUAUUGACGCUUGUAAUGAACGUUCAUGUGCAAAGCGAACUGGUGCAUCGAGAGGAAUAUCAAGAGAAACUGUUUGGAGUGUAUUGACCGGUCAAGCUUGUGAAUGCACAUCAAGUAUAGUAGGUCGUGAAGUGCGAGAAAUUGAAACAUGGAUAUUACGAUUAUUAAGUGCACCAGUAUCUAUUCCCGGAAAAACAAAAAUUUUAAUUGAAGUACUUCCAAAUGAACUACCUAUGUUAUUUGCUUUACCAGAUCACACAAGAUUUUCUUUGGUAGAUUUUCCUCUUCACUUACCCCUUGAGCUACUUGGUGUUGAUUUGUGUAUACGUGUAUUAACAUUAAUUAUGCUUGAAAAUAAAGUUGUUUUUCAAUCAAGAGAUUAUAAUGCUUUAACCAUGAGUGUUUUAGCAUUUGUAGCCUUACUUUAUCCACUUGAAUAUAUGUUUCCUGUCAUUCCACUUUUACCAACAUGUAUGACUGGUGCUGAACAACUUCUACUUAUUCCAACUCCAUUUAUAAUUGGUGUUCCGGCAAGUUUUUUUCCUUAUAAAGGUAUGGGAUUAAAAAAAUUUGAUGAUAUAUGGAUUAUAGAUCUCGAUACGAAUCAGAUUAUUCCACCGCGUCAUGCUGAACCAUGUUUUGAUAUUCCAGAAAUGGAAUAUUAUGUGUUAAGUAAUCAUUUAAAACAAGCCGUAGGUAGUAUGUCACAAGAUAAAGAACCGAUACAAAAUUUUGAUACAAUAUUAAAUGAUAAAUCUUUUUUAACAAAUUCAAAAAAAUUACCAUCAACAACACAUAAUCCAUUUAUAUAUGGUAAUGAUAUUGAUUCAGUUGAUAUUGCAACAAGAGUAGCUAUGGUUAGAUUUUUUAAUUCACCUAAUAUACUUGGAAAUUUUAAUGAAUAUACAAGAACAUUAAGAUUACAUCCAAGAGCUGUUGUUGCUUUUCAAUGUAGUAGUUUUGUACGAUCAAGACCAGCUAAAUCAGCAUUUAUUAUUCGAUUAGCAAAAACUCAGGCUGUUGAGUUCUUUGCAGAAUGGUCACUUUGUCCCGAUAAUGUAGCAUUUUUACGUGUACAAACAGGUGUUUUUGAUCCGGCUUUGAUUGGUGAUAAACCAAAAUGGUAUAGCCAAAAUUUAACAGCAAUACCAUUUAAUAUAAUCGAAGAGAAUAGUACACUUGGCCAAGCCGUUAAUUCGUUCAAUGUAAAAUCUAAUGAUACUGAACAAACUCCAACAGAUGAAAGUGGAAGUGAUUCUGAAGAAGAAGAAGAAGAUAGUACAAAUUCUUGUUAUUCAUCAUUAAGUGAUUUUGUAUAUGAAAUGCGUCAUAGUGGAAUUUGUGGAGAAAUUCGAGAGAAUAAAAUUUAUCCAGAAAAUCAAGAAAAAACAGCUUGUGUCGAAUAUUCAACAGUUUAUAGUCCACCAGAUGCAUUACAAAUACCAGAAAAUACAAAGAAACAUCUAACUAUAAAUGAAUCGAAUCCAUCAAUGAGUGAAUCGACUCUAAGUUCAAGUUCAAAUUCAGAUAUAACUUCUAAAUUUAAUUCACCUAUGGAUGAAAAUACUCGAGUAUUAUCUGAUUUAUCAGGAACAAUAAUUGAUAUAGAUUCAAAGUCUAGUUCAGCUACAAUAACACCUGUUGCAAAAAUUUUUCCAAAACCAUUAUUUGAUUCAAAAACAUCUCAAAGUGAAAGAACAUCUACACAAUCAUCACCUCCAUCAGAAAAUCAUCAAAAAAUUCUAUCAAAUACUCAAAAACAACAUGACCAAGAAUCAGAAAAUAAUAAAACAUCGAGUCCAUCUUUACUUGAACAAAUGACUGAUGAAAUUAAUUCAACUACGGCUGUAAGAGUUGUUUCAAAUAUAGCUAAACUAGCAACAAAUAAAAUGUCUGAAAUGUUAAUAUCAUCAUCUGAAAGUCCACGCCAAUCAAAUUCAUCAAGUCCAACUAUAAAUCUUUCAUCACCAUUUCCAAAAUCAAAUCAUAAAAUUGAUAAUUUGAAUUCACUAAAAUCUAGUGGACGAAAUUUAAAUACAGUAAUUGCUAAUCGACAACGAGAUUUUAUUCGACAACAAAGUGUAGAAUUAAAAGCAAAUACACAUAGUGAAAAUCAAUUAUUUUUAAAAGAAAUUGUUACAAAUGUACUUGAAGGAUUAGGUAUUGGAUGGUUAAAAAUAAAUCGUGUCAAAAAAUUAAUGGAAGAUGAAAAUUAUAGAAAUUUUGUACUUGGAAGAUUAAAUGUUAAUUUAGAUAAGAAAUAUUCCGAUGACGAUGAUCAUAUUGAAGAUGUUAAAGUUAGUCGACCCGUAUUUAAAGGUAUCGCGAAUAUUUUACGUGCUGUUAUUCAAGGUCUUGAAGUAACAUUUGAAAAUAAUGGUGUCGGUGGUAUGGCAUCAACAUUUCAAUUACUUGAAAUUGCUCAUACGCAUUAUUGGAUCAAAGAUAAUACUAUGCGAAAUGACUUAAGUCCUAUGUCUGAACGAAAUAGUCCUCUUGCUAGUAGUCGUGGAAGUUUAGCAUCAAUUGAACCCAACAUUUCAGUUAAUUCAAUAAGUCUUUCACCGAAUGUACAAUCCGAAGAGAAGCAAAAUGAUGUUAUAAGUCCAACUGCAAGUUUUGCUGCUCAACUAGGAAGUUUCUGGCGUGAAUCAAAAUCAGUAUUGACGCGUAGUUUUAUAUCUGCAACUCAAGCAACUGCUGCUUUUGCACCAAGUUUUGAACUAUAUAUAAAUCCAAAACAUUCAUUUUCACAUCAUGUACCAUUUCAUUCAACACUUACUGUUACUCCAUCAAUAUCACCCAGUUUGAAUUCUAAAGAACAUCUAUCAUUGAAACAAUCUCAUUCGAUAUUAAACAAUAAUAAUAUUGAUCAAAAAAUCGAUCCAAUUGAUGUUAAUGGUGAUGAAUAUCAGAAUAUAGAAAUUCUAUCUGAUACAAUGUCCAAUUCAUAUGAGAUAUCUACUACAAAUGUUAAUAUGAAUGAUUCAAAUCAAAUAACAACAGAUAAUCAAAUUCGACCUAAUUCAUUGCAUUUAAUCAAUGAACAUAAUUUAAAAACUCUAAUUAAUAUUUCACGUGUUGAUUCAAUAACAACUGAUGAUGAAAGUGGACCAGAUUCAAUUUCAUCGAGUCGACGUGCAUCAAAAAUAAAUCAUCAUCCUAUACGAAUAUCAAAUCAAUGGACUGAUGAUAAAUCAAAACCUAAAGAUGUGCCAGUUGUAUCAACAGCUAAAAGUUCAUUUUCUACUGGAUACAGAUUUCGAAAUGGAUCUUUAAUACAAUUAGCUGGAAAUAAUGUUGUAUCUCCCAAUGAUAAACAAUAUUUAUUUGAAGUUCUUGUUGGUAGUUCUCGUAGUUAUUUAUGGGAUCAAAUGCAAAUAUGGGAAGAUAUGUUACUUGAUGCUAUUGCUCAGGAACGUGAUAUUAUUGGUCUUGAUCAAGGUCCAGCUGAAAUGAUGGAGCGUUAUUAUUCGUUAUCAAGUUCUGAUCGAAAACGUCUUGAAUUAGAUGAAGAUCGUUUAUUGGCUGUAAUGCUUUAUAAUUUAAUCGCAUUUAUGGUUAUGAUGCGUGUUAGUAAAGAUGAAAUUCGUCGAAAAGUUCGUCGAAUGCUUGGUCGAUGUCAUAUAGGUUUAUCAAUGAGUCAACAAGUUAAUGAAUUAAUUGAUAAUAUAUCUAAUUUGAAUGGUAAUGAUGUUGAUUUACGACCAGGACCUAGUCGUAUUUUACAAAAACGAAGUUUUACUGUACAUUGGGGAACAGAUAAUACUGGUGAUAUGCUUUUUAUGGAGGUAUGGGAUGAUUGUCUCAUUCUUCGAAGUGUACUUGGUGAAAUUUAUGAUCGAUGUUGGUUUGAAAAAUUAAUUAAUAUGACAUUUUGUCCAAAGACAAAAGUAAUUUGUUUAUGGCGAAAGGCUGAUGGUGAAACAAAACUGAAUAAAUAUUAUACAAGACGAUGUCGAGAUUUAUAUUUUACAAUAAAAGAAACAAUGGAAAGAGCGGCAUCUCGGAUGAAAGGUUCAUUACCUGAUCAACAAGUUGGUGGAGAAUUUCCGAUCAAAAAUGUUAAUACUGGUGAAGGUGGACUUCUACAAGUUUGUCUUGAAGGUAUUUGUUUAACAUUUGAAAACAAUAAAGAAUUUAUUGACUUACAAAAAAUUCGAAAAUGUACAACACAAAAAGGCGAUAUAUUUGUACUAGAAGAAUUUGAUUCAAAUACAAAACAAAUUCUUAUUCGAAAAUAUAAAUCUUCAAUGGCGCAUAAAAUAUUGUUUGCUUUUCAUCGUAUUGUUUCUAUUUUGCUUGAACGUCAAAAAUUGUCUUCUGUCAAUGAUGAUUCCAUUAAAGAUAACCGUCAUUUGCAGCAGACAACCAAUGGAUUAGUGCAAGCUCGUUUUAUUGAUAAACUUGAAUCAGAUGAACAAACUGAUAAAGAAGAAUUUCCCAUUGAAAAAUAUUCCAAAUUAUUGACGUAUUUAAAAAAUCAUAGACAAUAUACGUAUGACAAUAAUAAUAAUAACAAUGAUUUAUCAUCAAGCAGUACAGAAGACGUUAUUCAAUUACCCAAACGUUCUUUUUUUCUUUUUCCUAAUCGACGAUCAACUAAAAAAAACCGACCAACAUCUAUCUAUGGACGGAAAUCUCAUUGGGAUACAUUUUUUGGAUAA